CCCUCUCGCCCGCCAGACUCCGCCAGUCUCUGCGAAGGGGCGCUGAGGCGAGGAGCUGCUCUGCCCGCCUCUCAGCGCCUGUGUGGAGAGCAGGCGGCCGAGAAAUAAGAAACAGUAAAAGUAUAUAUAAACUUCUGCGUAAGAGAGCGAGCGAGCACAGGAAGAUCCCUCCGGGCUUGUGCAACGAGGGACGCCGGGGGUGGCCAGCCAAGCGGAGGAUUUCACCUUGUUGCUGCUGCUGCUGCUGCUUCCGUGGGUCUCCUUCCCUGCUCGGCUGGGGGGGCUUCUGCCUUGGGCUGCCUCCGCAGUUGACCCAGAAGUGGGGAGGAGGAGGAGGAAGAGGAGAAGAAGGAGAAGGAAGCCUCCUUGGAGGUGAGCUGUUGCUUCCUCUCCCCGUCUCUCCCUCUCUCCCAGCAACCUCCUCCUGUCUCCUGCGAGGGAAACCUGAUCAGAUUUCCCCCACCUUCGCUGGAGAGUUCAAGAGAGAGACACCCCCCCCUCCGCUCCCGCCUCCCCCUGGCGUGUAACUGGUUGCAAAUCGAGCUGGAAAGAGCAGCGCAGCCAGGCGCGGGCUCAGUUUACCUGCUCGGCUGGGGAUCUUACGAGCCUUCGCGACUGCUGUCCAAAGGGGGGGACACGCCGCGAUUGCAACUCCGGAGAGGGAUGGAGGGAUGAAGGAAAUCGGAUGCGCAAGAACAUCCCCGCGGCUCUGCAAGGAGGAGAAGGGAAGGUUCAUCGGGACCCAGCCCGACCUGUCAGCGUGGGGCUUCCCCACUUUUUUCCUUUGACUGGAGCGGGGCUGGAGUGACUCUUUGAAUCCCACGAUCGCUUUUCCUCCCUGCCUCGCUCGAGACUGAAGGACUUGCCCGAGAAUUUAGAACUUCAGGAGCGCAGGGUCUUUGCUCCGGAGAGGAGGAGGGGAGGAAGAAGAGGGACGGCGGCGCAGAAACCGUAGCCACGCUUCUUCAGCAUCAGGGGGGCGGGCAGUUUCCGUCAUCUUGGUGGCUAUGGAAGGUGCUCUCUGGAUUGUCUGCCGGUGCCUGGCGGAGCUGGACCGCUCUCUUCCUCCCGCCGUGCUCUGAUGGCUUUUGCUUUUUGCUAGGGAUGUGAUGAAGAACCGCGAUCUGUUGAGAUAUUGACGCCAGUAAACUUAAUACACACACACUCUCUCUCUCUUUCUGUUUGUGUGUGUGGUGAAGGCAUCGGAGGAGUCCAGAGGAACAUGUGUUUUGCAUUUCUGCCUGCUUGUUUUGGUGCAAUCAGUUCCUCCACGAGACACAUCGAUUGGGGCGGCGAUUGCAAGGCAGUCAUGCACAGGGAAUGCUUUCGCCUGGGGUUUCUAUGCAAAGUGGGCGCGAGCCAGGGAGACCACGGCUCCUUCCCGGCGGGGGCUCGGGUCCCCCGAAAACUUCGGGAUGGCCGCAGCGGGAGGCCCCCCCGCCAGAACAUGGCCUCUCUGGGGGACGGAGUGAGCUUUGGUGGCGGGCCCUCCUCGGAUCGUGUGGAGCAAAUAGUGAUCCGGAGAAGGGGGGCUGGGAACCUUGCUCCGCCGAGGAAUAGGUGGCGAGAUCGAGUGAUGAUAAAGUUAAACUUCUGUUUCUUCUUCUGCCGGGGAUGGUGGGCGUUUCUCUUCCUUCAGCUCCACAUGUUGCAAGCUCUGGCACAAGAUGACGUUGCACCCUAUUUCAAGACAGAGCCAGGCUUGCCCCAGACUCACCUAGAAGGGAACCGCCUUGUGCUUACAUGUUUGGCAGAAGGUAGCUGGCCUUUGGAAUUCAAAUGGCUGCACAAUGGCAGGGAAACCACGGCCUUCACCAACGAGUACACGUACGUUAUCCCAUCCUUGCAAAGAUCUGAUGCUGGUUUUUAUCAGUGUGUUGUGAGGAACAGAAUGGGGGCACUCCUGCAAAGAAAAUCAGAAGUUCAAGUGGCAUACAUGGGGAAUUUCCAGAAUGAGGACCAGAGGAAAACAGUGUCUGAAGGGCAAGCCACAAUCCUAAACUUUCCACACAUCACAAGCUACCCCAGACCGCAAGUGACUUGGUUUAGAGAUGGGCACAAGAUUAUACCAAGCAGCAGAAUAACCAUCACACUAGAGAAUCAGUUGGUCAUUCUUGCGACAUCAGCAGUAGAUGCUGGGUGCUACUAUGUCCAGGCAGUCAAUGAAAAAAACGGAGAGAAUAAGACAAGCCCAUUUAUUUACCUGAGUGUGACAGGUCCCGACAUCUUGUCCUCCACUGCGGCUCCUGUCAUCGUAAUUCCUCCACGCAAUACCAGUGUGGUCGCUGGGAGUAAUGAAGCCAUCCUGGAAUGUGUGGCCAAUGGCAGGCCUACUGAAAAAUUAAGCGUAGCCUGGAAGAGGAACGGGAUCAAAAUAACCAGUGGAGUUAGCAGUUUUGGGAGACGUCUUGCUAUUGCCAACCCAACCUCUGCUGACAUUGGAAUGUACGUCUGUGAGGCACACUUGAGAGGCAUCGCUGCCGCUGAGCCAGAGAGAGCAAAGGCUUUUCUGUCUAUCCUAGAGUCACCCUAUUUUACUACUGAGCCGGAAAGCCGAAUUUUGGCCGAAGUGGAGAAGACUGUGCAUAUCCGGUGCCAGGCAAUGGGUGUCCCACUUCCUGUCCUGGUCUGGUACAAGGAUGCUGUCCCCAUCCACAAACUGCUGAAUCCGCGUUACAAGGUUUUGCUCAAUGGGAGUCUUCAGAUCCAGGGACUGCAGCCUGAUGAUUCUGGAAUCUUCCAGUGCUUUGCAAGGAAUGAUGCUGGGGAGAUGCAGAGUCGUACCUUCCUGGAUGUGACUAAUAUUGCACCAACGUUUUCACGACUGCCGACAGACACCACCGUUACCGAAGGGAUGACAGCGGUUUUAAGAUGUGAUGUCUCAGGAGCACCAAAGCCUGCCAUUGCAUGGAAAAGAGGCAACCAGGUUUUGGCCAGCGGCUCCAUUCAGAUCCCCAGGUUCCUCCUCCUCGAAUCUGGAGGGCUUCAGAUCGCCCCAGUCUUUGCUCGGGAUGCUGGUGACUAUACCUGCUGUGCAGUCAACUCUGAAGGAUUCCUAAACGCUUCCGCUGCUCUCACCGUGUGGAAUCGCACUCUUAUCGUUCGCCCUCCUGAGGACAGCACUGUUAUUAAGGGAACCACCGCGAUGCUGCACUGCGAGGCUGCUCAUGACCCAAGAAUUUCAAUCAGGUAUGUUUGGAAGAAGGACAACGUUGUCAUAAAUCCAUCUAGCAGCUCCCGAAUCACCAUGGAGAAAGAUGGCAGCCUCACCAUCAGCCAGACGUGGUCCGGAGACAUUGGAGACUACACUUGCGAAGUCACAUCCUCUGGAGGAAAUGAUUCCAGGGUGGCCCGCUUGGAAGUGAUAGAAUUGCCUCACCCACCGCAGAACCUCCUGGCCACCUUGAACGCUUCCUUCAGCCGCAGCGUGGUCCUCUCCUGGGUGCGUCCCUUCAAUGGAAACAGCCCCGUCCUGCACUACAUCGUCGAGCUGUCUGAGAACAACUCUCCAUGGAAAGUGCACCUCUCAGACAUUGAUCCAAAGAUGACCAGCAUCACUGUGAGCGGCUUAACUCCCGCCCGCACCUACCAAUUCAGAGUGUGUGCCGUGAACCGAGUGGGCAAGGGCCAGUACAGCAUAGAAACCAGCAGAUUGAUGUUACCUGAAGAACCUCCAAGUGCAUCACCCAAAAAUAUUGUGGCUAGCGGGCGGACCAAUCAGUCUAUCAUGGUUCAGUGGCAACCCCCUCCUGAAAGUGAGCACAAUGGGGUUCUCCAUGGCUACAUCCUACGGUAUCGCCUGGCUGGCCUCCCUGGAGAGUACCAGUACAAGAACAUCACCAGCGCAGAGAUCAAUUACUGCCUGAUAAAGGACUUGAUCAUCUGGACUCAGUAUGAAAUCCAGGUUGCAUCUUACAAUGGAGCUGGCUUGGGAGCCUUCAGCAGGGCAGUCACCGAAUAUACUUUGCAAGGAGUGCCUACAGCUCCUCCACAGAACAUCCAAGCAGAAGCAGUGAACUCUACCACCAUCCAAUUCUUCUGGAACCCUCCUCCACAGCAAUUCAUCAACGGGAUCAAUCAGGGAUACAAGCUCCUGGCUUGGCCAGUUGAUGCGCCAGAAACUGUGACUGCCGUCACCAUUACCCCGGACUUUCAUGGAGUGCACAGUGGCUACAUAACCAACCUGAAGAAAUUUACUGCUUACUACACCUCCGUCCUCUGCUUCACCACCCCAGGGGAUGGGCCACGGAGCUCGCCACAGCUGCUCAAGACUCAUGAAGACAAGCCAGGAGCUGUGGGGCACCUGAGUUUCACCGAGAUUCUGGACACUUCGCUCAAGGUCAGCUGGCAAGAACCUGUAGAGAAAAAUGGCAUCAUUACAGGCUACCAAAUCUCCUGGGAGGUGUACAGCAGGAAUGAAUCGCGUCUUGCUCGCACUCUUGCUAACACAACCCUUGAGUACAAAAUUACAGGCUUGUCAUCUCUCACCACUUACACGAUAGAGGUAGCGGCAGAGACGUCAAAGGGGACCGGCAUGGUCACUUCAUCAACCAUUUCGUCUGGUGUUCCUCCAGAGCUUCCUGGUGCACCAUCCAAUUUGGUCAUUUCCAACAUCAGCCCCCGCUCUGCCACCCUUCAGUUCCGCCCUGGGUACGAUGGAAAAACAUCCAUCUCCAAAUGGAUAGUGGAAGGCCAGGUUGGUGUUAUAGGAGAGGAAGAGGAAUGGAUAACUUUGUGUGAAGUGGAGAAAGAAUCAGAUGCUCAGAUGCUGGAGAUCCCAAACCUCACGCCGUAUACUCAUUACAGGUUCAGGAUGAGGCAGGUGAAUGUGGUCGGGCAAAGUCCGCUCAGCCAGCCGUCGCGUGUCAUCCAAACUCUCCAGGCACCACCAGAUGUUGCGCCAGGCAGUGUGACUGUGCGCACAGCCAGUGAGACCAGCUUGUGGAUCCGCUGGGUGCCUCUGCCUGACUCCCAGUACAAUGGUAACCCAGAGUCAGUGGGUUACAGGAUCAAAUACUGGUGUGUGGAUGUGCAGCCUCUGAUACUGACAAAGGUAAUCAAUGAUCGGUUGGAGAGGGAGCACACCAUCGAGGAUCUAGAGGAGUGGACAGAAUACGAGCUGCAGAUCCAAGCUUUCAACGCCAUUGGGGCAGGACCCUGGAGCGAGGUGAUGCGAGGUCGCACACGGGAGUCAGUUCCUUCGGCUCCCCCAGAGAACGUGUCGGCUGAAGCUGUGAGUUCCACUCAGAUCCUCUUGACCUGGGCGGCUGUCCCUGAACCUGAACAGAACGGGCUCAUCCUUGGAUACAAGAUUUUGUUCAAGCCCAAAGAUGUGGAAAGCAAAUUAAGCAGCCAAGUCGUGAGAGGGAACCACACCCUUUCCAUCCUUCUAGCUGGUUUGCGGAAAUAUGUGCUUUAUGAGAUUCAGGUUCUGGCAUUCACACGCAUUGGGGAUGGGAUCCCCAGCUCCCCUCCAGUCAUCGAGAGAACUAAGGACGACGCCCCAGGCUCUCCAGUGCGGAUGGUGUUCCCCGAGGUGAAGCUGACCUCUGUCCGGAUUGUGUGGCAGCCCCCUGAAGAACCCAAUGGGAUUAUUCUUGGCUAUCAAAUCGCCUACCGUCUGGCAACCAGCAGCCCAAACAAGUUCACCACUGUUGAAGUUGGCUCCACCGUCAGGCAGUUUGUGGCGACAGAUCUCCUCCCUGAGUCAGCAUACAUCUUCCGAGCAUCUGCCAAGACCCGGCAGGGCUGGGGGGAGCCUCUGGAAGCCACAGUCAUCACCACGGAAAAGAGAGAACGACCGGCUCCUCCCAGUGACCUGAAAGUCCCCCAGUCCGAAGUGACAUCCCGAAGUUUGCAGCUACAUUGGAUUCCUGGGAGCGAUGGGUCUUCUCCGGUGCGCUACUUCACGGUGCAAACUAAGGAGCUUCCCAGCGGCGAGUGGCAAACAUACUCUUCAUCCAUCAGCCAUGAAGCUACUUCCUGCUCAAUUGACAGACUCAACCCAUUUACUUCCUACAAGCUGCGCCUGAAAGCAACCAACGAUAUUGGUGACAGUGACUUUGGAGCCGAGACGGAAGCAGUCACAACACUGCAGGAUGUUCCAGGCGAACCACCAAAUUCUGUGUCUGUGACCCCGCAUACCACGUCCUCCGUCCUCGUGCAGUGGAAGCCUCCAAAUGCUGAGAGCCUGAACGGUCUUCUAUUGGGAUAUCGCAUUUAUUACCGGGAGUUGGAGUAUGAAAGCUCGGUCCCAGGACUGGAGUCCAAGGUCAUUAAAAACCCUUCAGCUUUACGAGCAGAGCUUACAGCCCAAAGCAGCUUCAAGACAGUGAACAGCAGCUCUGCAUUAACGACGUAUGAAUUAACACAGCUGAAAAAGUACAAGAGAUAUGAAGUUGUCGUGACAGCAUACAAUAUUGUUGGAGAGAGCCCUGCUAGCACUCCUGUGGAAGUCUUUGUUGGGGAAGCGGCACCAGCAAUGCCGCCCCAGAACAUCCAGAUAAGUGCCCUCUCCGCAAGCCAGCUAGAAGUUGCCUGGGACCCUCCGCCGGUCGACAGCCAGAAUGGGAAUAUCCAAGGCUACAAGGUUUACUACUGGCAGGAGGAGAGUCAGAAUGACACGGAAAAAGUGAAGGUCCUUUUCCACCCGGAGACAAGCAUUCGGCUGAAGAACCUCACCAGUUACUCUAAGUACUUGAUCUGCAUCUCUGCUUUCAACGCAGCAGGCGAUGGUCCAAAGAGCAGCCCUGGGCAAGGCAGGACCCACCAGGCGGCUCCAAGUGUCCCCAGCUUCCUGGCUUUCUCAGAAAUCACUUGCUCCACCGUCAACGUGUCUUGGGGGGAACCAGCUGCAGCCAAUGGCCUUCUGCAGGGUUACCGGGUGAUCUAUGAGCCUUUGGCCCCAGUGCAAGGGGUGAGCAAAGUGGUGACCGUGGGUAUCAAUGGGAAUUGGCAGCGGUGGCUGAAAGUCAGAGACCUCACCAAGGGCAUGACCUACUUGUUCCGAGUACAAGCCAAGACCAUCACCUAUGGGCCAGAGCUGCAAGCCAACAUCACAGCUGGGCCAGCAGAGGGCUCCCCGGGUUCCCCUCAGCACGUGCUGGUUUCAAAAACAGCCUCUGGACUGACUUUAUACUGGACUGAGGGAGUUGCAGGAAGCCGACCCACGACUGGCUACAUCAUAGAAACCAGACCAUCAGAUGAAGGGUUGUGGGACCUGUUUGUGAAGGACAUUCCCCGUGGCGCCACGUCUUACACGGUCGGCCUGGACAAGCUGAAGCAGGGAGUGAGCUAUGAAUUCCGGGUGGUGGCUGUGAACGAGUUCGGAUACGGAGAACCCAGCGCUCCUUCCACUGCAGUAUCAGCUCAUACAGAAUCCCCUUUCUAUGAGGAAUGGUGGUUCCUACUCGUGAUGGCUCUCUGCAGCCUCAUUCUCAUCCUGAUGGUGGUGUUUGCCCUGAUCCUGCAUGGCCAGACCAAGAAAUACCGGAACUGCAACACAGAGCCAGGGCAGGAACUUUGCCUGCGCUCAUUCUGUCGCCGUUUGUCCCCAGGAAAAAGUAUUUCCAAUGUGGAAGAAUCUGUCACUCUGGAUAAUGGGGGGUUUACGGCCCUUGAGCUCAACAGCCGGCACCUCAACGUCAAAAACACUUUCUCCAAGAAGAAUGGGACAAGAUCUCCUCCUCGUCCAAGCCCUGGCGGACUCCACUAUUCCGACGAAGACAUCUGUAACAAGUACAAUGGAGCAGUGCUGACGGAAAGCGUCGCCCUCAGUGAGAAACCGCUGGAUGCUUCAGAAUCAGAAGCGACAGACUCAGACUACGAGGACGAGUUGCCCAAGCACUCCUUUGUCAACCACUACAUGAGCGACCCCACGUACUACAACUCGUGGAAGCGCCAGCCAAAGACCACAAAGCACCCGGCGCCAUACCGGUAUGAGGAGUGUGUGGCAAGCGAGGCCGAGCCUUACUUCCAGACUGUCAUCACGACACAGAGCUCAGGAGGGGUGUACACCCCGACGGGACAGCCUGCGCCAGGCUCACGGACUCCAGUCACCGGCUUCUCCUCCUUCGUCUAACACUUGGGGGGGGGGAGAAGGGAAAGGAGGGGAAAUCAGCCACGCCAACUCAGCCGCCAGCUGAGUUUGGGGCAACCGCCAACCCAACCGGAUGACUGUAUGCGUGGCAGGUGCAGUGAACUGUGGGUAAAAAAAAAAAUUCUCUUAUCAGGGUAGAAUGGAUGUACAUGUGAAUGUCUUCUUCUAUUUUUCCCCUCCCAAGACAAUCAACUCUUUAAGACAUGGAGCUGACCUAGAUGAACUUGCUUUGAUUUUUCUUUUCCCCUCCUCCUCCUUCUUAAAGAAACCCCAUCACACACAAUUGAUGGCAAUUUUAACCACUUUGGAAUAUGAUUUAAGGGGAUUUUUUAAUUGAUAAUAAACAAAAAUGCUUUUGUAACGCU